AUGAGAGUGCUUCUUCAGUACCUUACGCUCGUUACGGGCUCUCUUGCCCUCACCCUCCCUUCGGAGAACCAUCUUCACCAACUGCAGAGCAAGGCCGAGUCUGGCUUGAAGCCCAGACAGUCCUGUGAUAACACUGCCACCUCUCGUGACUGCUGGGGUGACUACAGCAUCGACACCAACUACUACGAUGUGGUGCCUGUCACUGGAGUGAACCGCGAGUACUGGCUCAAUGUCGAGGAAGUCGAUUGUGCGCCCGAUGGCUACAAUACCACCUGCCUGACCUUCAACGGCACUGUUCCUGGACCAACACUGUUUGCCGAUUGGGGUGACACCUUGACAGUCCAUGUAACCAACAACGUUGUCGAUAACGGUACGACGAUCCACUGGCACGGAGUCAGGCAGCUCAACACCGUCUCUCAGGAUGGCGUUCCUGGCGUGACGCAGUGCCCCAUCGCCCCGGGAGAGACCCUGACCUACAACUUCCAGGUCAGCCAGUACGGCAGCACCUGGUACCACAGCCACUUCACUCUCCAGUACGCCCAGGGUCUGUACGGUGGUCUGGUCCUCAACGGUCCCGCCACAGCAGACUACGAUGAGGAUCUCGGCCCUCUCUUCCUGGCCGACUGGCACCACACCGACGUCUUCGAGCUCUGGGAGACGGCCCGCCUCGGAGCGCCCCCGACCAUGCAGAGCGGCCUCAUCAACGGCACCAACACCUACAACUGCACCAGCGCCGCCGACAUGACCUGCCACGGCACCCUGGGCUCCAAGUUCGAGACUGUCUUUGAGGCUGGCACCAAGUACCGUAUCCGUCUCGUCAACGUCGCCACGGACGGGCACUUCCAGUUCUCCAUCGACGGGCACGACCUGACCGUGAUUGCUACCGACCUCGUCCCUAUCGUCCCUUACACCACAGACAGCGUUCUGGUCUCCAUCGGGCAGCGUGUUGAUGUGAUUGUUGAGGCCAAUGCUGAGGCUGGUGACUAUUGGCUCCGCGGAGGAUGGGUUUCUGCCUGCAGCCAGAUCAACAACAUCGACGACAUCACCGGUAUUGUCCGCUACGAUGCCAGCAGCACGGCCGACCCGACCAGCACUAGCAACGUGACAGCCAGCACCAGCUGCAGCGACGAGCCCUUUGCCUCUAUCGUGCCCCACCUGUCCCUGGAUGUGGGCGAUAUUUCGACCGAGGCUGACGAGACGCUGUCCUUUGACGCCGGCUCCGUCUUCACCUGGACCAUCAACAACAGCAGCCUGUACCUGAACUGGUCCAACCCGACCAUCGAGCAGGUCAUCUCUGGCGCCGACAUCUUCCCCACCGACUACAACGUUGUUGCUGUUGACGGACCCGCCAACUCGACCAACUCCUCCGAGUGGGCACUUCUCGUCAUCGAGGACCAGACUGGCUUCGGUAUAACCCACCCGAUCCAUCUUCACGGCCACGACUUCUGGGUCGUCUCCCAGUCCACAGCCGCCUACACCAAGGGCGUCACCACCCUCACCACCGCCAACCCACCCCGCCGCGACGUCGCAUCCCUCCCCGGCAACGGCCACCUCGCCAUCGCCUUCAAGCUCGACAACCCGGGCACCUGGCUGGUCCACUGCCACAUCGCCUGGCACGCCUCCCAGGGCCUCUCCCUCGAGUUCGUCGAGAGCGAGAGCCAGAUCGUGGGCCUGUCCGUCUCCGACGACGACAAGGAUACGCUGAGCUCCACCUGUGCUGCUUGGGACCAGUACACCACCACCUCUGAGUACUUUGGCCAGGACGACUCUGGUAUCUAG